UUCAUUUUCUGUUUCGUCAAACCAAAAGUAUAAAUAUAAUAAUUGUUUCUAUAUACUCUUAUUUUAUUUUAGACUUUACUUGACAUGAUGAAAUUGAGAAUCGCCGCGUAUGUCUAAGAGUUCUAAAAGCGCAAUCCGAUUUCCCUAAAAAAAUGUUAAAAAAGAAAAGUCUCAACGCUGAAGAAAUUAACAAUCAAAAUUCAAGAAACAGGAGGAAAACGUCAUUAAGUUUACCGUAUGAACCAGUGGCAAAAUGGGAAGGAAAGAUAUAUAAACUCGUGGACGGUACAAACUUCGAUCAAUAUAUGGCGGCUCUCGGUGUUGGUCCUGUUUUGCGCAAAAUUGGAAACUCUGUACGACCGGUUAUAGCAUUACGUAAGAAUGGCAUAUAUUACUCACUAAUAACGGCUUCUGACUUUACCACGACCAUACAACACUUUGAACUGUGUGUACCCUUCGAUGAGUUCACUUUGGACGGACGUCAAAUGCGGACCACCUUCUCGCUGUACAACAACGUAUUGAUUCAGCAUCAAAUGGGCAAUAUUCCUUCAACUAUAGUACGGGAGUUCCACGAGGACAAAAUGAUCGCCAAAUAUAUGGUGAAAGAUGUUGAGGCUGUGCGUGUGUUCGAAGCAGCAGAUGAGGAAAUGUGUAGACUGAUUUGGGAGGCAAAUGUCGCUAAAAGAUAUCAAAUAUAGAUGGGUAUAUCAAAUAGACUGCGUGUUUAUGGAAAGUAGGAAGUCGCGGCCAUUCAAGACCAUCAAACCCCAUUUUAUAAAUAUUUUGAAAAUGCACAAACGAAAAACAUAUUGUGCGCAAUAUUAUGCAACAUUAUUAAUGUUCACCGAUGUUUUGUGUGAAUGUGUUUUAGCAAGCAUUGGUAUAUGCUCCAGUUAUAUUUCUAUAACCACUAAAGUUGAUUACAGAUCAUUAAAUCAAAAUGUUAGCCAUUAAAUAUAAAAUGGGGAUUUAAGGGACUCAAAUCAAAAUUUUUGAGAUCGGGUUUAGCUGUUAUGACUUGUGGUUACAGAUUUAUCGCACUUUUGGCACUUCCAAAUUCAUGUAAAUUAAUUCGUACAUGACUAUGUUAAUAAAAUUUUGUCCAAUCUA